UAAAAUGCUGCAUUACAGUCUCAAAACAUGCUAUUGGAAGGGUUGGUAAGAACUUGCCCUUUCAGUAGGAUCUUCUAAGAGGAUGUGGCUGUCUUCUCCUAACAAUUCAACCAAAUAAAAUAUUAUUAUAUAAACUUUCAAGCUGCAUGAACCUGGGCAAGUCACUUAACUUCAAUUGCCACUCUUCUGCCUUGGAACCAACAUUAGUACCCUUUCUAAGACAGAAGUCAUGAAAAAGUGGGAUAGACUUUCCAAUCAGCAGGAGAACUGUACUCAGGAUGGCUGCUCUGAUUCAGUAAGAUUUGAUGCCAGGACCAUGACAGCAAAGCUUCCAGAAAAUUCUCCCAAUGUCUUUGGUUUACAAGAAAAACUUAAGUCACAUAAAGUUGCACUGCUUGGGCUUUACGUCCUGAUGUUUGGGGUUCUAAUUCCACUCACUGGAUUUAUUACAGCUCAGGCCCUGAGAUGGGGUAUGCAGAAUUGUAUAAAUAGCUCCAUCUGUGAAAAUGGAGCUAGUCAGAAUUCUGGUUCAGAAUUUCUAAAGAAAGAAAAGGACCAGGAAGAUAAGGAGGGAUUAAAGAAAAUGAUACCUGAUCACAAUUCCACUUUAGAAAAGGAGAUACAAAAGGUCUCUGAUUUAGAAGCCAAUCUCCUGCACUCACAGGUGUUCUGGAACCUCAGCAUGAAAACUGAGCAGAAGUUUGAAGACCUCUUCCUGCAGGUCACCUCCAUCUUGUCUACCAUCCACAGUCAAAGUGAAAUGAUAGAUGCUGUCAACAACUCUUUAGCCAUCCUGAAUGCUACGUUAUUUGAAAUUCAGCUUGAUAUAGAGAGCUGGAAAGGUGCCAAUCAAGGAACCAUCCAGAAACAGCAGGAGGAAACUGAGAGGCUGGAGCAGCAUGUGUUCAAUGUGUCAGCAGAAAUUAUGACCUUGAAGGAACAGCAGGCCCAUUUGAACCAAGAAGUAAAAGAAGAAAUGAAACUUUUGACUAACAUUACAAAUGACCUUAGACUAAAGGACUGGGAGCAUUCAAUGACAUUGAGAAAUCUAACAUUAAUCCAAGGACCUCCUGGACCAAAAGGUGAACAAGGGGAAAGUGGCCCCAAGGGAGAAGCAGGUGUACCUGGCAUCACUGGCCCAAGAGGUCUGCCAGGUCUAAAAGGUGACAUGGGAAUGAUGGGGCCCCAGGGGCCCAGAGGAAAUACUGGACUCCAGGGCUAUGCCGGAAGACCAGGUAUGCCUGGGCUGAAAGGACAAAAAGGUGCAAAAGGGGACCGAGGAUGGUACUGAGCCUGGGCUGUGACAACUGCCACCGGCUUCUCCAGUAAAAGGAACCACAUGGCGCUGAGUCCCAGAUUCAUUCUUCUGUUUACGUGCUGUUGGUCUGAUGUGAACCAAGGCUUCCAGCUAGCUCAGCUCUGCCUCACCUGACGCUUGGCACUGGCUCUCGCCACUGCCUCUCAACGCUUAAACCCCCUCUCCUGACCUUGACCUAAUCAAUUGCUGAUUCCCUCUCCUGCCUCUACUUUGGCAUCUCUAACCACUGGCCUUCUGAUUUAAUUUAUACUCCUGGGACACCCCUUCUACACACUUCCCUGGUACUACCUUCAGUCAUCCUUGUCUGCCGGUAACUACUACUAACCUCUUACCCUGAUUUGGAAAGCUCUACCCACUGUUGUUUCAACACACUUUGAAAACAACAAUAAAAAAAUCUGAUGUCACUAAAA